AUGGGCAAAAGAGGAGGCAAAGCUAAAGCUAGCAGUAGUGACGCUGUAGCUAGCCAUGGCGCUGAGAACGAACCUAUGGGCGAUGCCGAAGACGAAACAGGUGUGCAGCGCGAAAUUGACAUUGUGGGCCGGCCUCACUUGUCGGCAUCUCGUAUAGAUUACAUUUUUGUAUCCAAAAGUAUUUGUCAGCUAGUUACACAGGUGAAUAUAGGCCCAAUAGGCCUUUCUGACCAUGCUCCGGUAGCACUGGCUAUGCAGCCUUUAAGACAUAUUGAGCGAUCAGCAUCUUGGAGAAUGAGCACAGUAUCUUUGUUGGAUGACAAAUUUGUACGAAGAAAACCCAAAAUUAAAUUAGAGAUAUUACAACUUCCCAGAGCUUUAGGGGGGUGGGGGUUACCAAACAUUGAAAAUUAUGCUCUAUCUGUACAAGCCAGGAUCAUCUCUGCCUGGAUACAUGGACACCCUGAUUCACCUUGGCUCAACAUUGAAACAUCAUUAUGUAAACCCUCCUCACCUGUUAACAUGCUAGGAAGACGUUUGAACGACUUGCCACAAAUAAUGAAGGAUAAUCAGUUGAUAUGUAAUGUCUUGUGGGCAUGGGGAAAGCUGAGAAAACUGUUUAAGAGUAGUCACCGGCUUAAUAUGGUAUCAACACUUAUAGACAACCCAGAUCUCCUGCCUCAAGACAUAGGCUCGAGUUUUUUGGGUUGGCAUAAAGCAGGCAUAAUUAGACUUUCUGAUCUCUUUGAACAUGGGGCAUUCAAAUCGUUUGAUUCUUUAAAAACACAGUACGCGUUAUCAAAUAAGGAAUUCUAUAAAUAUUUACAAGUUAGGCAUUAUGUAAUGAAGGAAGCAAAAUCAUUGAUACACCCAACAGACUCGUACAGACUGGAGAAAUUCCUCCUUGAAAAUAAGGAUCACAAACAUUUUAUUUCAAAAUUCUAUUCUGAGAUCUAUCAGCUAAACUUGGACAAACUGGCAUGGUUGAGGAAAUCCUGGGAAACUUUACUUAAAUGUGAAAUAAGCACGCAAUUAUGGGAUAAAACCCUGCUCCUGCCAUCUAAAAUUUCUGUUUGUAACAGAUUUAAAGAAAUGCAGUAUAACAUUUUGCAUAAUGUAUAUAUUUCUCCUUAUAUUUUUAGCAAGUACAAUGCGGGAACUUCUCCAAAUUGCCUCAAAUGUAAAAUUUCUGUGGGCACCAGGUUUCACUGUUUGUGGGAAUGUGAUGUCAUUCAGUCAUUUUGGAAAGAUGUAUGUGCCAAAAUCAGUACAGCUAUUGGUGAAAUUGUGUCAGAAAACCCACUGACGUGUUUGCUGGGACAUAUUCCUAAAUCACUAGCAAAAUAUGAGCAUGUUAUACAGUCACUGUUAAUGUUAGCAAGGAAGGCCAUUAUGGUGAAAUGGGUGGGCAGUGAACCCCCCUCCAUUUCUUUAUGGAAAUCGUUAAUAUCUGAUGUUAUGACUCUGAUUAGACUUGGACAUUACAUUGAUGGAAGUCUUCAAUUCUUUACAAACACCUGGAGGAAGCCACUGGAAACACUGGGAGUGGAAUAUUGGUCUCCAUCACCUGGAAGAGUCAGUGAUGAGAGAGGAGAAGCAGCAUUCGGACUGGAGCUGUUUGCAAACUCCCCGCAUCUCUUCCAUCUGCUCACCAAGACAACCGAGCUCCUCCUUGAUGACACUCACCUGGACAUACAAACGCAGUUCUCGGAGACUGUGAAGCUCAGAGUGUUGGGCCUGCAGCUGGCUUUCCAAAUCAGACAGAGCACGAAGUUCUCAAGAUGGUUCAUCAAUAGCCUCAUGGUUUACCGCAAUUCUGCACUCAGAGAGGAAUCACUUAGAAAAGCCUCUCUGCUGGCUGGCCAAACCAGUGUCAGCCUCUUCCAGCCUUCUAAGGAGUGCAUUCACCAUAUCCAGGCAGGACGCUGGAAUCCCAUCCCUUGUAACCGUGAGCCUUGCUCCUUGCAGAAGCAAAUCCAGUUGCGGUGCCUUUUCCUUCAAACUGUCAAUGCUCUGUCUGAUCAGAGCCAACUUAGAGCGACAGUCCUGCAGGAGCACAGAGUCACUGCAAGGGGCCCCUUGAACUCCGGAAAUGUCUUCGUCCACAGUACGCAGGGACAUGAGGAAUCUAUCGAGGGCGCGGGCGGCCGCUUCGCUCUUCCGGACUUGCUGUCUGAGUUGAUCCAGGCUUGCUUUGUGAGUCUCAACUUCGCGGGUCAGAGGGAAGCACUCUCUCGGGUCGAGAUAACGGUCCAGGCGGUCGACGAAGUCCACCAUGUGGUUCUCCGUAGAGUCGAUCUGUCUGAGAGCGGCGCUGAGCGAGCUGCCUCUCCUCUGAAGGUUUGCCUGUUGGCUGCGCCACUGCUCCUGCAGCUCUAUCUUCUCUUGCUCUACGGAAACAUCCCCACUCAUUUGGGUACACUGGGAGCAUUGAGGUCUGAUGCCAUGGCUGUGUGUUACAGAGCCCUGUUCAAGCCAAGCCUGAAGGGAGCUAAGGCAGUCCCGCUCUUGUUUUUCCCUGGCUUCAUCAGCAGCACAGCCAUGGUCCUGAGGGAACUGAGCCACGUAUGUCAUGAUGGACUUCUCAUCCGGGUCUCGAACGUCCACAUCUGCAUCAACAUCGCAAUCAUCCAUGAUCAGACUCACUUCAGCACCACUUUCAUUCCUUACUUAUGGCACUGUUCCCGAACCCAGAGCAAAAGGGCUUUCUUGGCAGAGACCCUAAAACGGUUAUGGAGAGCUGAUCCUUUCGGGGGAACAGGGCUGCUGCUGGCCGAGCGACUUGAGAGGGUAGAGCGCGUGUCCAAACUGGCCAGAGACUCCAUGGAAGACUGA